UACUCUUUCAGUUUCCGUGUUUUGGUUAACUACUGUCCUGUAGAACCAGUACAUCUAAGUAUAUGUGUGAAAAUAAAGCAGCAUGGCUUCUUGUCUGCCUUCCUUCUUUGUUUCAUUAAAACCGCCUCUCAAGCACCAUGCUCGUCAAGCCAUGCAUAUAAGAGCUCAGAGCUUUAGUAAUGAAGGGGAAUCAAGUGACAUAGUCGAUGCAAACUUGACUGUUCUUAGAGACAAAAUAGAGCUGCUUAAGACCAAGGAGAGGCUCGAGCGGUGUUGCAAAUGUGAAAAUGGUUGGAAUUAUGUCCCUGGAUAUGAUUAUGAACUCAAAAGAGAGAGAGAGAUGUCACAGUUCUUUGAGCUUCUAGGUUUCGUUUGUGGGAGUCUUGGUUUUACCUGUCUUGGUGGCAGUGUCUGUCUUUGCCUUGUUUCCUUCUUUCUUCAUUUGAUUCAAUAAGUUAAAAUAUUUUUGUGAAAAGGAAAAAUGUAGAUCAAUCUCUCU